UGUCGUCAUGCAUUACCACGUACAAGAAGACGCCUCCGCCGGUGCCGCCGCGCACCACCCCACCCAAACCCGUCAUCUCCAUCACGGCCCAAAGCAGCACCGAGUCGGCCCAGGACGCAUACAUGGACGAAGGGUCAGGCCUCCGGACCCGGAUCAGCACAUCCCAGCCCCACCUGUCCAACUCCACCGAGAGCAUCGACAGUAUGAAGGCCCUGACUGCAGCUAUUGAGGCAGCUAACGCCCAGGUCCACGGCCCGGCCAGCCAGCACGUCACCAACAGCACCAUCACCGUCACCGCCACCACCACCGCCUCCAGCGACAGCAAGAGGGACUCGCUCCGGAAGUGCCUCUCCAUAGGGAUACAGGUGGAUGGACCAGAGGAGGUUAGGGCGACAGAGGAGCACUCCAAGUUCCAGUCAGUGGGUAUCCAGGUGGAAGAGGAGAGAUGUUACCGCAGGAUGACCAGGUCCAACAGUGUGACCACAGCGGUCCAGGCCGACCUAGACGACCCUGACUACUAUCCCGUCGACGCUCCAGAGAUGGCGAUGCGCCACUCGGCCACCAUGCCCCGCCAGUACUCCCGGGACUCCGCCACCUCCACCGUCUCCAUCCAGGGCUCGGGCAACCACUACCACGCCCUGACUGUGGAGGAGUAUGGCGAGGUGGGUGUCGACCCAUCCAUCCUGCCCCCACCCGACCCCUGGAUGGACCAAGUGGAGGGCCCAAUGGAGGUGGUGGACGGGAGGGGGUCGUUGUGUCCCAGGGACGGGCGCUGGUUCCUCAAGCUGCUGCAGGCCGAGAUGGAGCGCAUGGAGGGCUGGUGCAGACAGAUGGAGCAGGAAGAAAUGGAGAACGAGCUGCCGGACGAGAUCCUGGGGAAGAUCCGCAGUGCAGUAGGCAGCGCCCAGCUGCUCAUGUCUCAGAAGUUCCAGCAGUUUCGGGAGCUGUGUGAGGAGAACCUGAACCCCAAUGCCAACCCCAGGCCCAUCUCCCAGGAUCUGGCUGGUUUCUGGGACAUGCUGCAGCUGUCCAUCGAGAACAUCAGCCUAAAGUUUGAUGAGCUGCACCAACUCAAAGCCAACAACUGGAGACCCCUGGACCCCCCUAAAGAGAGACAGUUCGCCCCUCCAGUGCCAAAGAAGCCCCACAGGGGCCACCCUCCCCUGGCCAGGGACCGUUCUCUGGAGAGCUCCGUUAGACAGCGGCUGGAGGCUCGCAAACGUCUGCUGGCCGCCAAGCGGGCCCUCGCGGUCCGACAGAGCUCUGUCACCGAGAGCACAGCAGACAGUAUUGAGAUCUACAUCCCCGAGGCCCAGACCAGACUAUGAGACACACACAGAUAGAGACAGAGACCCUCCCACACACACACACACACACACACACACACACACACACACACACACACACACACACACACACACACACACACACACACACACACACACACACACACACACACACACACACACACACACACACACACACACACACCUACAAUGGUGCACACAAACACCCACACAGGCACACACAGCACUGAAUGGUGAGGGUAGGGUGCUUGUAAUAUGAUCACAUCUUUAUUUACUUCAACAAAAGAGGGGGGACGGUCACAGCUCUAUAGUUGAGUGAGAAUACUGUAUAUUUAUUAAUUUUUAUCCUCUCCAUUUGAUCCUCUCCGUUGAACUUUCAGCUUUGACGUAGCUCCCCCCACUCCUCACUCCCAGCGAUGUUUCUUCUUGUGAUGUCAACUCUUCUUACAGAUAUUCCACCAACCAAGUGACCUGUUGUCACCCAAACAACAGGUAUACCAGUACCACAGCAUUGAGGCAUAAUGUAUAAUGUUUCUGAUUCAUUGGAACUGAAGGAAAGUUACGGAGGGAGGGGUAGUGUACUAGUGGGUCUAGACGGAGUGCUGUCAGGGCACACUAGCUAAUCCUGUUGGGUGUCAGAAAGCCUGAGACAGCAACUGUGUCCCACAUGACACCCUACUUCUUAAAUAGAGCACUGUUUUUGUGCACUACCUAGUGCACAAAAACAAUAACUACCUAGGGAGUUAUUUGAGACACAGCCAGCCUCUCUACUCUGGUGACCCUGGGUGAGGCUGCUACUGUGACUCACAGCACAAUAACAGCAGACAAUAGGGAAACUCAGUCUCUUUCCCCCUGUGGGAUACUACUGUCACGGGGUUCACAACACACACGCACACGCACACACACACACACAUACGCAUGGACGUACACUCAUUUGAGGUAACUUACCUAAACCUUUUUGAAUUGUUAGGGAGAACACCUGAGACAUGUCUAAAACCUUCUGGAGGCAUACGAGACAACUGUUUUAAAUGUUUCAAUUAGGAUUCAACCCUAACUUCGAUUUAAGUAAUAUUUUCAUUUAGUCAUGCAUUGAUGUCAAUGGAAGACUAAGUAAACUUAAGUAUAACUUAGGAUUCACCCCUUAUUAUUGAAAUCCAGGGAACAGCAGCUCUACAUGACUUGGCAAUGAAAUCACACACACAAGCAUUUUAGUGAGUCACCAUAUUUGAAAAACAAUGAAAUGCAAAGAAAAAGGGUAUACACUAAUGGUUUGAUACAAUGACUUUUAGUCCAACACCUAUGAACACCUAGAUGUUCUAUUAGAGCAACGUACAUUUAUCACACACUAUUUUGUUACUGUACUUUCAGAGUACUCUGAGAGACUUUGCGCAGUAGCUGAAUCAACACAGUCCGAAGGUGUUCAACGUAGACAAUAAUAUCAAUGUGCAAAAAUGACUUUCAUUUGUAAAAUCCAAACCUUUUAUGAAAUGGGAUUUGGAUGAGAGUUGUAGCUUGGGAUUCAUAGUAUUUACCAAUAAUCAAUAAAGGGUCUUUGUAGAGGAAAAAAAAUCAAAUAAAUAAAUCAACUCUGUGUCGGACAAUGACACUAUUCGUCCUUUGCUCCAAAUGCAGUCUUUCCAGUUACAGGAGCAGUGGCAUGAUUCUGCUGUACUCUCCUAUGUCUGAACUUUAGGGGUUAUAGGUCACAGGGUCACGUCCGUCUGUCUACCCUCAGAUGUGGUAGGAUUCUAGGGUUGACAACGCUAAUCCUGCCUGGCAGUCAGGUAUGGAGUUAGGUGGGCUCAUGGCAAGCUCUCAGAGAGAGGUCAGUGCAAUGAAAUCAGGGUCUGCCAGAAUAAAAAUGGUGAUUGACAGUUUAGCAGACUCUCUUAUCCAGAGCGACUUACAGUAGGGUUAGGUGCCUUGCUCAAGGGCAGAUAAACAGAUUUUCCACGUAGUCAGCUUGGGGAUUCAAACCAGCAACCAUUCGGUUACUGGCCAAGCGUUAUUAACCGCUAGGCUACCUGCUGCCCCGUUUAGUGUGCGAGUGUGUGCGUGCGUGUGAGUGUGCGUGCCUGUGUCUUUGAGUGCAGGUGUAUGUGUGUAUCUAAUGUGUAUGUGAGUAUAUGGGGUUUACCUGCUUGUUUCUGAAGUGCUUCCUAUUUUUCAAGGUCCAAACGGGCCUUUCUUUUCACUGUGGAUGUGUCCUAAAUGGUACCCCAUUCCCCAUAUAAUGCAAUACUUUUGACCCUUGGCCCACAGAGCUCUGGUCAAAAGUAGUGCACUAUGUAGGGAAUGGGGUACCAUUUGGGACGGAGCCUCUGAUUAACGUAGCAGAAUCGACAUACUGUUAGUCCGUACCUAAACAAGCCCUGCCUAUCAUUUUCAACGGAACGAUAUAUGCCUGCACGUAUGAAGAACAUACAACUGACUACAUAAUACGCAUGCCGACAUGAGCUAAUUGAAAUGUCUUCAUGUCAUUCUUUUCGUUUUGAACUUAUUUCAUUCUGGUUAUCAUAUUGUGCUGAUAAUACAAUUUGUCCUUAAGUUUAAAAAAGAGUCGCCUACUGCCGAUGUUCCUUUACUUUACGGGUAUCUUUAAAUGUAAAUUGUUACCAAUGUUCUACAUGACAAGAUAUUUUGUUAUUCUAUCAAACGACAGUGGGAAUUAUUUUCUCCGCAUCCAAACUGACACGCAAUCACUUGAAAGUAAUAUAAAAAUAAUACAAAGUGUUUAAUGGUGUUUUAUGUCCACUGUGUAUUUAUUAAUCCCCAGAAAAAAAAGGAUUCACGUUUGUUAUCAUUAUUAUUAUGCACUGACAAGGCCCUUAUGCUGUGUUUCUGAUUCUCCUUAUAUGGUUUUCUCUUUGGGAUAAAAGACACCUUUUAUUCUGUGUCAGUAGUCAGCCUUAAUUUAUAUUGUGAUAGUCAAGCACAAAUCAGCCUCAGGGGAAGAAGAAUAAAGCACGUGUGAUUGUCUCUGUGUGUGUGUGUGUGUGUGUGUGUGUGUGUGUGUGUGUGUGUGUGUGUGUGUGUGUGUGUGUGUGUGUGUGUGUGUGUGUGUGUGUGUGUGUGUGUGUGUGUGUGUGUGUGUGUGUGUGUGUGUGUGUGUGUGUGUGUGUGUGUGUGUGUGUGUGCGUGCGUGCGUGGGAUUGCGUGGGAUUAACCCAUGAAAAGGCUUUGUCUCAUACUGUAAAUAAUCCCAGUCAACAGGGAUACGUCCCAAAUGGCACCCUAUUCCCAAUAUAGUACAUUAAGUGCACUACUUUUGACCACGGCCCAUAAGGCUCUGGUCAAAAGUAGUGCACUUAAUAGGGAAUAGGGUGCCUUUUGGGAAACAAUCCCUUGAACAUUACAAGAGUUCUGUGGUUUAAUGGUUUAGAUCAACUACUCUUGUCAAAAUACACCAUUACAAAAUCUCUGCAAACCCAAUCACUUUGCAAUUUCUUUAUAUGAAGUAUUUUUUUUAUCACUUACUUGUAUGAGUGAGACAAUCUUGAACACAUUUGAUUUCAUAGACUGUUUGUGGGUGUUUGUAAACUCUAUUGAAACUGCUUUGACAUGAGGGAAAAUCCCUGCUAGCCAUAUACACUCACCGGAACAGUUUAUUAGGUACACCCAUCUACUAGUGGGUCGGAACCCCCCUUUGCCUCCAGACCAGCCUACAUUCUUCAGGGCAUCGGAAACGUUCCACAGGGAUGUUGGUCCCUGCUGAUGCGAUGGCAUCACGGCGAUAUAUUCAUGCCGCGAACAGUCCAUUCCAUCUCUUCCCAAAGAUGCUUUAUUGGGUUGAGGUCUGGGGACUGCGCAGGCCACUCAAGUAAACUGAACUCCCUGUAUUGUUCCAGGCAAAGUUUUUCCACUCCUCAAUUGUCCAGUGUUGGUGAUCACGUGCUCACUAGAGCCACCUCUUCUUGUUUUUAGCUGAUAGGAGUGGAACCCGGUGAAAUAACUCUGCUGCAAUAGCCCAUCCGUGACAAGGAUUGACGAGUUGUCCACACCACUGUUGUAUUGUGUCGUUAUUUGUCUGUUUGUGGCACGCCUUUAAGCCUGCUCGAUUCUUGGCAUUCUCCCUCCAUCUCUCUCAUCAACCACCUGUUCGCCCACAGGACUGCCACCGACUGGAGGUUUUCGGUGUGUUGCACCAUUCUCAGUGAACCAUAUACACUGUCAUGCGUGAAAAGCCCAGGAGAGUGGCAAUUUUGAGUGUGGUGUGAUCGUCGGCGCCGACGAUCACACCACACUCAAAAUUGCUGAGGUCACUCGAUUUGCCCAUUCUAACGUUCAAUCCAACUGUAACGGAAUGCCUCAAUGGCUGUCUGCCUGGAUUAUUUAACAAGCCACGGCCACGUUUCUCCCUGUCUGUAGGAGCGGUCUAUUUUCGUGAACGGGGUGGUGUACCUAAUAAACUGGUGAAUGUAUAAGAGAAACAUGUUCAUGACUGAAAAGUCUCAUAUGUUUGUGAUGGAAAUCGUGGUGAAUUAACUGUUCGGUAUGAUUUCUCAAUUAAUUAGACAAUAUUCAAAAGGUUACAAUACGUUUAUACAGUGGGGCAAAAAAGUAUUUAGUCAGCCACCAAUUGUGCAAGUUCUUCCACUUAAAAAGAUGAGAG